AUGAUGAUGAAAGGAGAAAUGUGGUCUAAUCUAGGCUCAACCAUGGCAACCAUUAUGUUCAUGUAUGCCAUGUUCCGACAGUACUUCCCUCCUCAACUUCAGGACUAUAUCGAAAAGUUGUCGAAUUUUAUGUAUCCUUACAUUCAUGUAACGUUUGAUGAAUUCAGUGGCGAAAGGAUGAAGAGAAGUGAAGCCUUUUCAGCAAUUCAGAACUAUCUCAGUGGCAGGUCCUCUGCCUAUGCUAAGCGACUCAAGGCUGAUGUUGUUGAAGAUAGUCAGUCUUUAGUCCUUAGCAUGGAUUAUGAUGAGGAAAUCACUGAUGAGUUUAAUGGCGUCAAGGUUUGGUGGGCUGCAAGUAGAAGUACUUCAAAAACACAACAGUUUUCAUUUUAUCCGGCUUCGGAUGAUAAGAGGUUUUACAUUCUGAAGUGCCAUAAACGCGACCGGGAAUUCAUCACCGGGACUUAUCUCAUUCAUGUGUUGAAACAAGGGAAAGCUAUUGCAGCAGAUAACAGGCAGCGGAAGCUCUACUCCAAUAGUGCAGGUCAGAGUUGGCAUGGUUACAGAAGUACUAGAUGGACACAUGUAGUUUUUGAGCAUCCUGCAACAUUUGAUACUUUAGCAAUGGAUGAAAAAAAGAAACAGGAAAUCAAGAAGGAUCUUAUCAAGUUUAGUAAGGGGAAAGAGUACUAUGCAAAGAUCGGAAAAGCUUGGAAGCGUGGUUAUCUACUUUAUGGUCCUCCAGGAACUGGAAAAUCUACCAUGAUUGCUGCCAUGGCUAAUUUCUUGAAGUAUGAUGUUUAUGAUCUUGAGCUUACUACAGUUAAGAAUAAUGUAGAGCUCAGAAGGCUUUUGAUUGAGACAUCAAACAAGUCUAUCAUAGUAAUAGAGGAUAUUGAUUGUUCUCUUGAUCUUACAGGCCAAAGAGAAAGAAUGAAGAAAAAAGAUGAGAAUGAAGAAGCGAUGGAUCCAAUUAGUAAUAAGGCGAAAGAAGAGGGGAAAAAGGAGAGCGAGGUAACUUUAUCAGGGCUUUUGAAUUUUAUUGAUGGUCUUUGGUCUGCUUGUGGGGGUGAAAGAAUCAUUGUUUUCACUACCAACCAUGUUGAGAAGCUUGAUCCAGCUUUAAUAAGGAGAGGAAGAAUGGACAAGCACAUUGAAAUGUCCUACUGUCGCUUUGAAGCAUUCAAGGUGCUAGCAAAGAAUUGUUUGGACAUUGAUUCUCAUCCACUUUUCCGAGAAAUUAGCAGACUGUUGGAGGAAACAGAUAUGACUCCUGCUGAUGUUGCUGAGAAUUUGAUGCUGAAGUCAGAUUAUGAUGACGAGAAAGAGACUUGUUUGAAGAGUUUGAUUGAAGCCCUUAAAGCUGCAAAGGAGGAAGCAAGAGAGAAAGCUGAGGAGAAAGAAGAGAAAGAAAAGGAACAAUCUGUUAAAGGGGAUCUCAAGCAAGAUACAAUAUCAGCAAAAGAUGUGAAGGAGAAUGGAGCCAUCCAUUAA